AUGGGGCGCAAGUUGGACCCUACGAAAAAGGAAAAGCGUGGGCCAGGCCGAAAAGCCCGCAAACAGAAGGGUGCUGAGACAGAACUCGCCAGAUUCUUACCUGCAGAUAAGGAUGGUGAUGAGAAUUCCAAGAGGCUGUCCAGUCGGGCUAGAAAGAGGGCGGCCAAGCGGAGGUUGGGCUCUGCUGAAGCCUCUAACUCAAGUAAGUCUCAAGGGCCUAAACCAUUGCCUGGAAAGCUACCAAAAGGAGUUGUCCAGACACCUGGUAAGAAGGGAGCCUCGUCUUUGUAUAAUGUUGCUCCAGGCAGGAAGCGCCCAGCACCAUCCCAUAGCAGUGAUGAAGAAGAGGAUGAGGAAGACUCUGAAGAAGAUGGUGUAGAGAACCAGAGGGACCUCUGGGGCUCUGAAGACAGUGAUGCUGAUAUGGUAGAUGACUUUGGAGCCGACUCUGACUCGGAGUGGGGAGAUGAGGAUGAAGGUGAAGAGUUGCUGCCUAUUGAAAAGGCUGCUCAGAAGCAGAAGGCCCAGGAAGUUGGUACAGGGGGCUUGUGGAGUGAGGAGGAGACUGAUGAAGAGGAGGAAGAGGAGAAAGUGCCCUCUGAGUCAAGUCCCACAAAGAAUGAUGAGAUGGAUGGGGGCCUGCAAAUCAAUGUGGAUGAGGAGGAGCCUUUUGUGCUGCCUCUGGCUGGGGAGAUAGAACAGGAUGCCCAGGUUCCAGACCUGCAACGAGUUCACAAGAGGAUCCAGGAUAUAGUGGGAGUGCUGCGAGAUUUUGGCACUCAGCGGGAGGAAGGGCGAUCUCGUUCUGAAUAUCUGAAUCGGCUGCAGAAGGAUCUGGCCACUUAUUACUCCUAUGGAGACUUCCUGGUUGGCAAACUCAUGGACCUCUUCCCCUUGUCUGAGCUGAUAGAGUUCUUGGAAGCUAAUGAGGUGCCUCGGCCUAUCACCCUCCGAACCAAUACCUUGAAAACCCGGCGCCGGGACCUUGCUCAGGCUCUAAUCAACCGUGGGGUUAACCUGGAUCCCCUGGGCAAGUGGUCAAAGACUGGACUAGUGGUAUAUGAUUCUUCAGUGCCCAUUGGUGCCACUCCUGAGUACCUGGCUGGGCACUACAUGCUGCAGGGAGCCUCCAGCAUGUUGCCCAUUGUGGCCUUGGCACCCCAAGAACAUGAGCGGAUCCUGGAUAUGUGUUGUGCCCCUGGAGGGAAGACCAGCUACAUAGCCCAGCUGAUGAAGAAUACAGGUGUGAUCCUUGCCAAUGAUGCCAAUGCUGAGCGGCUUAAGAGUGUUGUGGGCAACCUGCAUCGGUUGGGAGUCACUAACACCAUCGUCAGCCACUAUGAUGGGCGCCAGUUCCCCAAGGUGGUGGGGGGCUUUGACCGAGUACUGCUGGAUGCUCCCUGUAGUGGCACUGGUGUCAUCUCCAAGGACCCAGCUGUGAAGACUAACAAGGAUGAGAAGGACAUCCAGCGCUGUGCUCACCUUCAGAAGGAGUUGCUCCUGAGUGCUAUUGACUCUGUCAAUGCCUCCUCCAAGACAGGAGGCUACCUUGUCUACUGUACCUGCUCUGUCAUGGUGGAAGAGAACGAGUGGGUGGUAGACUAUGCUCUGAAAAAGAGGAAUGUGCGGCUGGUGCCCACAGGCCUAGACUUUGGCCAGGAAGGUUUCACCCGCUUUCGAGAAAGGCGCUUUCACCCCAGUCUGCGUUCCACUCGCCGCUUCUACCCUCAUACUCAUAAUAUGGAUGGUUUCUUUAUUGCCAAGUUCAAGAAAUUCUCCAAUUCGAUUCCUCAGUCCCAGACAGGAGAUUCUGCAACAGCCACCCCUGGAGAUUCUGCAACAGCCACCCUUACAAACCCAGAUUUACCUGACUUGAAGGGUCAGACUGCUCCCAAGUCUGAGAACAGCAUCCAGCCAACCAAAAAGGCCAAAGGGGCUGGGCAUGCAAAGCAGAAGUUGCAGAAACAGAAACAGCCCAAGAAAAUCUCUUGCCAGAAGCAGAAUGGCAUCUCCAAAAAGACACACUCAGAAUUGUCCACUGUACCUUUUGUCACAAAGGCCCAUACAUCCUCCAGGCUCCAGGAUAGUUACCAACCAGCUGAAAAAGCUGGAGUCAUCAGGGAACCAAAGGUGACCAGGAAGCUAAAGCAACAGUCACCUAAACUGCAGUCUCCCAAGAAAGGUGCCUUGCUGAAGUGGAAUAUCUCUCCCAAAGACAUGAACUCAGAAACCCCUGCUAUGCUGUCUCUCUCUAAGACCCAGGCCACCCGCAAGCCUGAGAGCCUUGGGCAAACCCAUGGGAAGGCCAGAGGGACUGAGAAGGUAAAGCAGCAGUUGCCAGAGCAACUGUUCAAGAAAGCAUCCUUUAAGAAACAGAACGGUACCCUUAAGAGUCCUCAGAUUCCCACCACGGACCUCCUCGGAUCUAGCCGGCCCCCACCAGCAAAGAGGAGGAAAUCUCAGUCCAGAGGCAAUAGCCAGCCACCAUUGCCUUAA